GGCAUCAUGGGGUUCUGGAAGUCCUCCCCCUUCCUGGUCCUCAGCAUCCUGGUCUUGUACCAGGCGGGCACGUUCCAAGCAGCACCACUCAGGUUAGACUUGGAGAGUGACUUUGAUCCUGCUACACUCACCGAGGAGGAAAUGUGCCUCCUACUGGCUGCCAUGGUGAAGGAUUACGUACAGAUGAAGGUCAGUGAGCUGGACCAGGAGACAGAGGACUUCAGCAUCACUGCCCAGAAGAGAUCCUGCGACACUGCCACCUGUGUGACCCACAAGAUAGCAGGCUGGCUGAGCAGAUCUGGGAGCGUGGUU